AUGGCUUUGAAACAACUGUCCAGCAACAAGUGCUUCGGAGGCCUACAGAAAGUGUUUGAACAUGACAGUGUUGAACUGAAUUGCAAAAUGAAAUUUGCUAUCUACUUACCACCAAAGGCAGAAACUGGAAAAUGCCCUACACUGUAUUGGCUGUCUGGCUUAACUUGCACAGAACAGAACUUCAUUUCAAAAUCUGGUUAUCAUCAAGCUGCCUCAGAACAUGGCCUUGUCGUCGUUGCCCCAGAUACCAGCCCUCGUGGCUGCAAUAUUAAAGGAGAAGAUGAGAGCUGGGACUUCGGCACUGGUGCUGGCUUUUAUGUGGAUGCCACGGAAGAUCCUUGGAAAACUAACUACAGGAUGUACUCUUACACAACACAAAAGCUUCCCCAACUCAUAAAUGCCAAUUUUCCAGUGGACUCCCAAUCAAUGUCUAUUUUUGGCCAUUCCAUGGGCGGUCAUGGAGCUCUGAUCUGUGCUUUGAAGAAUCCUGGAAAAUACAAAUCAGUUUCAGCAUUUGCUCCAAUUUGCAACCCUGUGCUUUGUCCUUGGGGCAAAAAAGCCUUUAGUGGAUAUCUGGGAUCUGAUCAAAGUAAAUGGAAGGCUUAUGAUGCGACCCAUCUGGUGAAGUCCUACCCAGGUUCUCAGCUGGACAUACUGAUUGAUCAAGGAAAAGAUGACCAGUUCCUUUCAGAUGGACAGUUACUUCCCGAUAACCUCAUAGCUGCCUGUACAGAAAAGAAAAUCCCCGUUGUUUUUAGAUUGCAAGAGGGUUAUGAUCACAGCUACUACUUCAUUGCAACCUUUAUUGCUGAUCACAUCAGACAUCAUGCCAAAUACCUGAAUGUAUGA